AUGACAGAGGACAUGUAUUCGGCCUUUUUUAUUCCCCGCAAUUUGUCACAUAUCUUGAACUCAAAACGCUCACUAUUCCCUACAGAUUGCACAAAGGAGACGCUAUGUGAUCUAUAUGAGAAAGUGCUCGAGGCCUCACAUAGUCAACCGGACGAGUGUGCCCGGGCGCUGGUGCACGGCAACUAUGUCUCUCAACUAUUGGCUAUCUUCAAUACAUGUGAGUCGGAAGGAAACACCGUGCUUCUUACGGUUAUAUACCAGCUCAUCGAGGUGUUCUUCUCGCUGAGCUCGCAUGAUUUGUACGAGCAUUUGCUCUCGGCCGAACAUAUUUUGGAUGUCAUUGGAGCAUUGGAGUAUGAUCCACAG